CAGCUCAGCACAACAACGCUUAGGGCUCGUUAGGCUACCAUGGGUGACACAGAGAGCACGAUGAUGUCUGAGGACCAGGCUACGGCCAACUACGUGGAGAGGUCAAUGGCGGUCGUGGAAAAACCGCGGGAAAAGUUCACGUACAAUGUCAAAGGUCACCUGCAGUUGGACGAUACCGGCCAUCCCAUCAGAAUAUUAAAUGGUUUACGAAGAUUCCGGGAAGAAGGAAAGUUCACGGACAGUAUCCGGUCUCUCCUGGAAUUCGCCCUGGCAGAGGCCGAAGAAGACCUGCCCAUGUACGACGAGGACGACGACGACGUCACCUUGCGUGCGCUCAACAAAUGUCGCCUGAACAGAAAAUUCGUGGACCUCGCCAUCCUGACACAGAACAGGAUGUUUGCGUUUCCAUGCCAUCGCGCCGUCCUGGCCUCGUCCAGUCCCUACUUCCACUGCCUAUUGGACGGAGGCUACCAGGAAACGGACCAAUCAGAGAUCGUCAUAGGUGACCUGUCGUCAGGUGUACUGAUGAAGAUGAUUGAGUAUGCAUACACAGGUAAACUCGUGGUGAACAGGUACAACGCCCAGACGAUGUUUGAAGCCGGUUUGAUCCUGCAGUACCCGACCGUCCAAGAAGCCUGUUGCGAGUUCAUGUCCAACCAGCUGGAACCAGAAAACGCUGUCGGGAUUCUGCAGUUUGCGAUGAAGUUCGUGUGCGAAGACCUGAGGACGAAAGCUUUCGACUACAUCGUUGAAAACCUGUACUUCGUCUCUCAGAGUAAAGAGUUCGGGUUUUUGAGCAGGGAGACCAUUUUAGACUUGAUCAGAAGUGACAAACAAUUCUUUUCACCGGAGUGUCUGUACGAAGCGGCCAUAACGUGGAUCAAGUUUGGAACGGAAAGCAGAAAGAAAUUCUUAAAGGACUUUUUAGAGAGCAUUAAUCUUUCGCAUAUUAAGAGAGGAUUCUUCGAGACGGUGGUAGAAAAGGAUCCGAUCGUCUCCAAGUCUCCAUCCGAAUGUUAUCAAAUAAUAUACGACGCAAAACAAAGUAUGGAGAAACGGGAAGACAGUAGGACUUGCAGAGAAGCUAUUGUGAUUUUCGGGGGUUCCAACAAUGGGGUGUUCGUUCCGGAGGUUGACUUGUACGAUCCGCGGCUGAGUUCUUGGGACGGGCUGCCCAGUCUUCCUAAACGCGCGGAGGGAGUUCGCCACGCCCUGGCAGAGCUGAACAACGAUCUGUACGUUGUGGUGACUGGUGUGGACACCCCUGCGGAACUGUGGCGCUUCACGAUCCACGCGAACGCUUGGAAGCGCCUCCCGAACCCCAGCAUUCACGGCGACGGCUGCGCCGGGGUGUGUUCCACCGACGGCUGCUUGUACCUCAUCGGGGACAGCACGACAGUCGAUGACGUCAAAAACGGAGAACGGUACAACCCUGACACAAACCGCUGGGAUCUAGUCCCACCCGCCGCCAAGACCCUCCGUAAAUCCAGCGUCGUGGUGUGCAAGGGUAAGAUCUACGUCUUUGGUUACCAUGGCGAUGACAGUGACGUCAUAGAGGUUCAGACGUUCGACCCGAUGAUUGGACAGUGGGAAGUGGUGAACGUUACGGAACACGUGGGGAGGAACAGGCAGUUCCAGGCCGCGGCAAUGGACGGCCUCAUUUACCUGAGCUCCAUGGCGACCAAGCAGAAGGACGUGUACGACCCGGAGUGGGACAUGUGGACCACGCUACCCAGGGGCGACGGCGAACACAUUCAGGGUGCGAUCGUCAUGCUGGACGGGUGUCUGUACGAGAUGGGGGGUCGGGACGGGAUCGGCGUGAAGUACGUCAACCCGACCAUCGAGCGGUUCGACCCCAGCCGGACCACCUGGACUCAGAUCGGGUUAAUGAAGAACCCCCGCAUCCACCCGCUCUGCGUCACCAUCAAGAUGCCCAGCGGCAAGUAGGCACAGUAGACACCACAAUUGCGUUGGGUAGUAGAGGCCUCAAAAUGGGA